UGCUUUCUCCUCUCAUUGCUCUUGAUUCACGUUGCAUCGCGACCUCAUGUAAACAGCAACGCAGCUGCUGUUAAAAAUGAUGCGCCCAUCAUAGGUUCGCUGCUUAUUUAAAUCGUUUUCGGAAUGUUUAUUUCAUUUUCUGUGUUACUGUAUGUUGUUGUUCCCCUUUUGGGCGUUAGUGAAAUCUCAUGUCCAUCCUUCAGGAAUAUUAGCCCAGGAUUCACAUGGCUACAUAAAGGGAAAAUUUGGUCCAACAUAUAUUGCCGCUUCAUACAUCAAGUACAUAGAGUCCGCCGGUGGCAGAGUUGUUCCGAUUCGGUAUCCUUUGUUAUGACAUGCACUGUUUUCUUUAUUGUAGUUGGUUUCUUCAAGUACAAACUCUGUUCUAAAGCAUGGAUAAACUAUCUUUUGCUCCGUUUAAAAGAUUGUGUAAUUCUAAUUUUAAUAAUUCUAAUCGUAUAAUACAAUUAUGGUGCUAGUAUAAAGUUUAAAAAAAACGCGUCAGCGUCUUUACAGGUGGCACAUGACAGCCUUUUUGAAAGCCUCUGAUCUACUGACUGCUUUUCAAUUACACUACAGUGAAACCUCUAUCAAGCGGACCCACAAAUGCAAUUAAGCGGACACCCUCUUCUAAGCGGACACUGAGCCCGGUCCCGAAAUUAACAUCUUACAUUUUCCUUUAUAACGAACCCCUAUUCAGCGGACGCGGACACUAAAAUAAAUUGUGUUUGGCUAAUUUCAAUAAAAACCUCUAUUAAAUGAACACUGGACUGAAUUAACGAUAGUAGUAUUGGAUUACGUCCUUGAAAUACGUACUGAAGUCAGUUGAUGUUUUUGCAUUCACAAACAAAUUAUAUAAAGUUGGUAAUGAAAGGUAAUGAACCUUGAACGCUGGAUAUCUUCCUUAACAACAUGGAACUUUAACACAUUACAGAGUAACCGUUGAAUGUUAAUUGUUUACAAACAUUGCGUAAUUCUUAUAAACUCUACUAAGCGGACACCCUCUAUUAAGCGGACACUUGGGAUGGUCCCGAAGGUGUCCGCUUAAUAGAGGCUUCACUGUAUUUGGUAAGGAGUUCCAGUCUCUGAUUGUAACUAAGUAAGUAACUUUAUUUAAUCACUCCUGGUAGCCCAUUGAGAAAUAAAAAUGUACGUAUUAUUAUACGUGCAAUAAAACUGUGUUGGGGACCCAAAAUCAAAGUAAAAACUCAAUGGGAAACUCGUGGAUACAUUGUUUAGAAAAAUUGAAAUUGUAUACCCCAGAAAAAUUAAGGCUGCCUUGCAUGUAUAGAUAUGUUAAAUACAGUAUGUUGCCCAGUAUCCGGACACUUCAGUUUAAAAUUGCAAUAACUUUCCUUUGUUAAUCGCAAGAGCUCUGAAAUUUGGCCCAGAGAAAAUCUAUCUAGUCCUUAAUAUGACGAAAGAUAGUUUAACUUUUUUGCCUUUGUUUCCAUCGCGAAAUUAAUAUUUUUGCAGAGCUCCUAUGUUGCCCAGUAUCCGGACAGCUGGCCCAGUAUCCGGACACAACAAUAACAACGUAAUUGUACAUAAAUUUCGACAGGCGGCGACUUAUAAGCUUCUCUUGCACUUGCAAAGUAGUCUGGCAAUCGAUUCGAAAAAUAUAACAUGGCAUCGUGAAAUAAAACCUAACAAAUGACUGGGGUAUGGUCGGGAAAGCGGCGGCUGUUUUAAAAUGGUAUAAUUCUCACUUCUUUGUCUAGGAACUUUUUCACUGAUUUAAGGAAGGCAUCCGUGGACAUGCUGAAGCCGCAGUUUGCAAGCUAAAUUAGCCAAUCUGCAAACGACUUUCUUUCUUCAUUUUUUUAUUUAAAGAAAAGCUUGGGGAAGGGACCUCAACCCGACAGUCAAAGGUCACUCUCCUAUUUAGUCUGACCUGCAGUGUUGAUUUCUUCAUGCUCAGUCCCCACAACGAGCCUGCUUUUCUAGCACUAAUUCCUCCUUCUUUCACAUCUCUCAAUCCCUUUGUGACAUUUUUUAGACCAUUGCAACCCCAUUCUAGCAGUCCCAGCUGGGGAAAGUAUGAGAAUUCCAGGUUCAACUCAGACGCUUUCAGUUAUAUAUUGAAAAUGCAGUCACGCGAAACAAGCCGUGCACACGAAAUCAAGUCGACUCUGAAUGAGUGGAGAAAAUUUCCGUGCAGAGUUGAGUAGAGUUACAUUUUACGACUAUAUCAUAUAUCCUAAGCUUUAAUUAUAGUUACUGAUAUGAAAUAAAUCUUAUCCGGAGAAUGUACACAACUAAUUCAUCGAUUCUGUACAGCAAAGAAAAAACUGUCCGGAUACUGGGCACAUGACAUCAAAACUUAGUGAAUGUUUCUGGCUUCCGUUAUUCCAAACAAAUCGAAUUUCAAGAAGAAUUAAUAAACUUUCUGAAAACCUGACUUCCUUAAGUAUCUUCACUUUAAAAAUAAAACAGUUUCUUUGAAAAUAUCACACAUUACCCUCCCUUUUCUGAGCACCACUAACUUUACUGCGCAGUAAACAGCGUAAAUAUUAGCCAUGAAAAGUUUACUCACCUAAACAGAACGGCGUCUUCUGCAACUGUUUCGCAAGCUUUCAAAUCGCCAAAACUUUCAUCUUAAAGCUGAAAUGUUCAGCUUUCAUUCGAAAUACUUUGUUUCCCGAUAACUGAAAAGGGCCCCUCAAAAAUUGAGUUGUUGUUUCAAGUGUCCGGAUACUGGUACCGUCCGGAUACUGGGCAACAUACUGUACGCUUUGUACAUGUGUAUCCACAACUUCUAAAAAUUAAUCAGUAAUAUUAAAAAUGUGGGCUGUUUUUUGGUGUGUUUUCUGUUUUUAAUGGUUUAAGAUGGCUCCCUGGCCUAAAGUAAAAUGAGGGUGCACAGGCUUAUAUUCUGCACAAUGUCCACGCAAAAAUAAUUGAAAUAAUUGAAUUGAAAUAUUCCCCGAAAAAAAAAAAUUGAUUAAAUAAUUCUUGAGGCCUAUUAUGCAAGACAUUUGGUUAGUGUUGCUCAAACAUUUAUGAGAGGAGAAAAUUUUAUACAAGAUACAAGCUAUCUAUCUCCAUAAGCAUGAAACACAUCAUAAACAAAGCAGAAACUUUUAUUUCCAAAGGCAUCAAAUUAUUUUGUUUUACUGUGCUUUUCAGAAACAUGCUAACUCUGAAGUUCAAAAGCUAAUAUUAAUUGACGUAUGCAUUUUUCACUGCCAUCAAUCAUCUAAGCGGACCUCUUAGGAAACAGAACUUUACUUAAACGGGUUCACAAGGUCAUGGUUUGUGAUCUGUGAUUGGUGGAUUUCAAUCCUUUUUGUGUGUUUCUGUGUUACGAGGUUCUUGCUUGUGAUCGUAAAUAUGAUUGACGGCAGCAAAAAAUGCAAUUGUGAAGGCGGCUUUUGAACUUUAGAGUUUUGCGUGUUUGUGAAAAGCACAAAGUCAGUAAAAGUAGUCAAACUUAAAAUAAAAAUGGUGUCAAAGUAAAUGUGAGACUUCUAGCAGUUCUUGCAAUCCAAUGUUAUAACUAUGAAACCAUACGUAUGGAAUAUUUUUUAGCAAUCAGCCAUGCAGCUUUGUUGGCAGGUUAAAAAUUAAAGGUGGCUGGCAGGUCAGUCUACAGACUUAUGAAUAUACUAAUUAACAUGUCAUACCAUUUUGUUAUAAAAUUAACCUCUGGUAGAAAUGACUUGAGUGAAGAACAGCUGGAAAAACUGUUUAGUUCUAUAAAUGGGUAAGCAUCAUGCAGAUUACUUGUUGGACUUACAAAACUGAUCAUAAUAAAGUGAAGAAGGUAUUAACACUGUAGCAGUUUUGGCCAUUACACUAUGGCUUUUGUUAAGCUAUUAGAAAAUACCCAUUUUUUCGAAGUAAAAACACUAUAGACGCCUUGCUUUUUUGUACAUGUAGUUAAUGUUAAAAAAAUAUAAAUGGGCUCUUAUUAACAAUAAGUAGGAUUAGUAGAGGUAAUGGUUUCUUGUUUGCAUUGUUAAACAAUAGUAUUCGAGCCAAGAGGUAAGGUCUAGUCAUAAAAUUUUUACCCAUCUUUGCUUAACAGGUGUUGAUUUAAUAAAGUAUCUUCUUGUUCAUUAAGUUUUCUUUUUCUCCCUCUCUCUCUCUUUCUCUGAUUUAGGGUCUUAAUUCCAGGGGGUGGUGUAAGUGUCUUUGAUUCACAGUAUGCACGAACAGGCAAAAUACUCUUCAAUCUGGCAAUGAAAGCAAAUGAUGCAGGAGAUGUGUUUCCACUCUGGGGAACCUGUCUUGGUUUUGAGUUCCUUAGUGUCUGUGGUGCAGGAGGACAAAAUGUUUUAUCACCUGUAGAUGGUGAAGACUAUGCUAUUCCUUUAAACCUCAGUGAUGGUAUGUCACACUCAUACCUGGUCCUCACUAGUGAUGCAAACAAUAGGGGCAAUGUAUGAAAGACCGUACAUAAACAUGUUUAAAAAGUUGAGCAAGGUUCAGGUUACAUACUUGUAGAGGAGAAACGUUUGUGAGUUUUGCAUUUUUUAAUUGGCUGCACUAGAGAGUCACAUACUGGUAACCAUGGAAACAGUUAUUUCAAGUAUUGUCGCUCGUAUAAAUUUCAGUGAUAUGCCCUUAAAGGAACCGAGGUUAUAACACCAAGAAUUAACAAGUUAUAUACAGUUUCUAUCAUGAGAAUGAUAAGAGUGUACAUAAAGUGAACCUUCCAACAUUCUUAUAAUCAUUGUCGUAUACUCAAUACUUUUGUUAUGUUUAUAUUUAGUUUUACAUGUAAUUUUUUCUUGUUUAUUAUUACAUUAUUUCUGAUUAUCUUUCAGGCUAUGAGUCAAGCAGACUUUUAGGAUCUGCCCCUGAGGAGAUUAUUACUUAUCUCAGAACAGCAAAUGUUACUUAUAACCAUCAUCGGUACUGCGUUUCCACUGAUGUGAGUAGAUUUCUGAAGAUUUUUUGGUUCUGUUUUGGAAAAGGCCUGAAAAGGACCACCCUGGGUAUUUAGAGGUUAAUUUCUCAUGUGCAGUUGAAUGCUUCAGUGUCCUGAGACACAGGCUGACAGGACAGAAACUGGAAAUGGUGCAUGGAAAGUUUCUGGCACCCAGGGUAGAGGAAGACCAAUGAACUAUUUUAUUUAUUUAUUUAUUUAUCGUUUUUUGAGCCCCCUCCUUGUCUCUGCAACAACUGCCUGUUUUUGUUGCGGCAGAUUUACCCUUGGGUCCUCUACAACAGCCACAUAUCUUUAUUGCCGUCCCUGUGUUGGAAAAUUUAAUUAAUGAAAGGACAUGAUUAGUCACCCAUAUGACAUAUCUUGUUUUAAAGAAAAGUUUUAUCUGUCUGUUGUAGACUUACUACAAUAAUGACGCUCUCAAAAAGUUCUACAAAGUUUUGUCAACCAACAGAGACAAAGAAGGAGUCAAGGAGUUUGUAUCCACUAUUGAAGGUAAUGAUGUGAAUCUAUGAAAAGUGCAGUGUUGGAUGUUAUCUUCGUAUGGCGCUUUCCUUUUGUCAGAACUGAGCAGCCAGACCAUUCCAUCAUUAUGAGAAUUUCACUUUUGAUCAAAACUAUCCAGCCAGAACAUUCAAAUCCUAAAUAGUGUGCACAAAGGAGAUGGUUUUUCAUCAAAGACUCUUGGUCCAGCUGGCCGUGGUUCUGACUUUUGGAAAACAUCCUUAGUUUCUGUUAAGAUCUUAGUGGAGGCUGCAUUUUUUGUGUCCACAGCUUUCAAAGCAUUUUGAUGUUAAUUGGCUGGCUCCAAGAGAGAGCAAAAUGAAGCAGAGAAUUCCCUGUUUUCUGACUGGCUACUCGAGAGGCAAGUCCACUCAGGAUUUUCUGCUUUGUUCUGGCACAAAAAAACCUUUUGACCACAUGAUAAAUUCUAUACUGAUCAUGCUUGUCCAAAACAAAUAAAAAACUUAAGUUCCUGCUUUCUCAAUAACUACUGUACAGCUGAUAAGGGAUCUGGAGCUGAAAUGUGUCCGCAAUAGUUUUUGGGAUUGUUCCUGGGGAUGCACUGGUCAGCUGUUGGCCAAUAUUUUUUUCCCUUUCCUUGGAAACAGACCCAGAAGUCAUUUUUAUAGUUAACUCGGCGUAGUUUCUUUCUCGUUUUUCUACACUGGCAAAUAUAACAAUUCUAUCGCCUUUUGGAUUUAUGAUGUUAACUGUUUCAUGCCACGAACAAAGUCUCCAGAACACUGUAUACUUAAUAUUUCUUAGUUCUCUCUAUGCUCUAGGUCGUGAUUACCCGUUCUACGGAGUUCAAUGGCAUCCCGAGAAAAAUUCUUUUGAAUGGACGUCUGCAGAAGGCAUUAAUCACUCAAAGCAAGCAGUACUGGUAACUCAGUACGUGGCAGAUUUUUUUGUCAACCAAGGUGUGUUGUUAAGCAUGUAUUUCCGACUCUAGACUACGAGUAGUCCCCAUUUUUUCUCAGGUAUAGUAGGAAGAGCGAAACGCGAGCGCGCGUGAAAAUCACCCCGCGCGAGAAAGGCAAGACGCGGCGGGGAGAGCGGGGAGACAGAAAAAUCAUUUUUCUCUCUCCCCGCCGCGUCUCGCCUUUCUAGCCUAGGGUGAUUUUCACGCGCGCUCGCGUUUCGCUAGCUCUACUAUCCCUGAGGAAAAAGGGGGACUACUCAUAGUCUAUUCCGACUCAGGUUGACCAGGGUGGGAUUCACACAACCUUCUUAGGAAAAAGGAGGAGGGUAGGAUAAACCUAAUAUGGCUGCAAAUUCAAGCUACUACAGGAAUAGACUUGCAAGAAGAAAGAAGAGAGCACAGUUGGAAUAUUCCCUCUGACCUACCGUGCAUUGUUCACACGUGUCAUGCACCCUUACAUCUUAACCAAGCACCAUUUGCCAAUCACGGUGGGUUAUGAGCAAGGUUUUAAUAGCACAGUCGGUUAAUGCGCGGCCUUCUCUCGCCUUUCUCGCGUGGGGUGAUUUUCACGCGCGCUCGCAUUUCGCUAGCUCUACUAUCCCUGAGGAAAAAUGGAGAUUACUCGUAGUCUAUUCCGACUCAGGUUGACCAGGGUGGGAUUCACACAGCCUUCUUAAGUCAAGUUACACGUUAGUAUCAUUAGGAUAUGAAUCAGAAUCAGGCCCCAAAUUUGGAGCUGUCUUGAUGCCAGCGUUUGACGUUAGGAAGAGGAGGGAUAAACCCCUUAUGACUGCAAAUUCAAGCUACAACAGGAAUAGACUUACAAGAAGAAAGAAGGGAGCACAGUUGGAAUAUUCCCUCUGACCCGCCGUGCAUUGUUCGCACGUGUCAUGCACCCUUACAUCUUAACCAAGCACCAUUUGCCAAUCACGGUGGGUUAUGAGCAAGGUUUUAAUAGCACAGUCGGUUAAUGCGCGGCCUUUUCUUUGGAACGUUCCGAGUUUGAUUCCCAGUUGUGACCACAAAUCCUUCAAGUAGCUUUGAAUACCUGAAAACGGAGCAAUGAUGGAGAAGAGAGGUGAAGGUGAGGGGGUGUUUCGUCGGCCUUAGUUUAUUUUGUCACAUGAUGACACUCGGCGAGCUCGAGCUACUGAGGUAAAUUAAGGACCCUUUACCCUAUAUUUUCCUUCAGUUCUGACUUCAUCAUAAAUAUAAUUGGUAAAUGACAUACAUUCCCAACUUCAAACCCUAGAAAUCUAUUGCGAGCUUAGGAUUGUUACAUUGCUUGGCAGGCACCAAAGAAACUAGACUUUGAAUAACACUGCUCCUCUCGCCUUGGGCUGUUCACGACUGGAAACAGAAACUGUACGUGUGAGGUUAAUGCGUAGCGCGAGUGGGUGGGGUGGGUAGGGGCUUGUCUCGCUAUUUGCCGAGUUCCUUCCACUUGGCGUCCAAAACUUAUGGAACCAGUAAAUCCAAUCUACUUUUGGCUCCCUAGCGAUCUCACUAUUCUCCUCUUUUACCCCUCAUAGUUUCUCAUUAGGAAUAUAACUUAUUAUAGGAAAUUAACGAUGCGUUUUAUUGACGGGGUUUUAAAAAAAAUCGCGUUGAUUUAAAUCAUCUUAAUUUACGUCGAUGUUAGUUUUUAACACACUAUUUUACAUUAUUGUUGUUUUACAGCACCUUUAUUUCAAUAACAAAACCUACGGCUGCUUCAUAGUUCCUCUAUCAACCCCUCGGGGUCAGUAUCUGACAGUUCUUCUUUAAGAACUGAGUUCAAAAUGUCUUUCGACUGGACUUCGUAUUGAUCCGUUUCCCCGAGGGGAUAGCUAACUUCUCCAGUCUUUCUUCUUAAAAUUUCCAUGGCCUGUAUUACAGUAAAUUCGCGUUAAAUAACGUUAGGCGCCCAUUGUUUUCGAAAAUUUCAUGUUAAUUGGAUGUAUGUAAACCCAACUUUUGGAAAAUUCGCGUUAAUUUUGUGCAACGUAAAUUUUCUUUGCGUUGUCAACGUACAUCGUUAAUUUCCUAAUAGUAAGGUAAUUUGUCAAAUGUAGGCGACCUUUCCCCGAGUUGAAUUCUUAUGGACUUUAUAGAGGUUCGAAAAGAGAAUGGAAAAUUCGUCGUCGUAUGUUCACGUCCUUCAUAAAUCGUCGCAUUAGGAGGCUUCACGUCGUUUGUUGUGCAGUGGACUUCAAAGAAACGUACUAAAAAGAGGGUCUCGAUGGGGUGGUGGCUUUUACGGUUAUCGGCUAAAAUUUUGGCUCUUUUACGGCUAUUGGUUAAUAUUUCAGUUACGGUUAACAAAAAAGUUAAAGAUUAAUUUCUUUUGUUUCAAAGAGUUAAAUAUUAAUAAACCUGGAUUUUUUGUAUCUUUAAAGCAAAAUAAAGGUCUUAGGAUCAUCUCGGGAUGAAAUGCUAUUUUUUUUUGAAAAAUUUUAACAUUUGAUAGAUCAUCACCUCAUUAUUCCGCGCGGCUAAUGCGUUUCGGGUCACGUGGUCAGAGCGAGAUUUUUUCUCAGAUACGCCACCGAAAUGCCUUGAACGAGAUUGUGUGGGAAGACGCCUUACAGGGGCUAGGCAUGGCAAUAUCUACCGUAGCGUCAGAGAAAAACAGGGAAUUGCUGUUUAUCGGCAACGUGUUUUACAAACAGUGACAUAUCUCUGCGUGUUGUUUCACUACUAUUUCGAGGGCUCGACCUCCUGAAAGUCGCAAAUAUUAAUCCCCAGCAAAAAGCAAAAUUUUCGCUAUGGAAAAAAUUAGUUCUCCGAGAGAGCAGCGAAAUUAGAGUUUAGGUCUAAGCUACACAAAAGGCUUGGCCUAACGUGCGCACGGAGUGAAAGUACAGCCGGGACAUAAAAACGUAACCAUAAGUGAGUUUAGCACCUUUCUUAAAUUAACAAACCUAGCUAGGGAUCAAUUUCUUUUACGGUUAACUCUUUUUACCCUAUUUACGACUAACGGUUAAAUUUUUCCAAUUUUUACGGCUAUCGACUAAAUUUUAGGCCGUUUUACGCCUAUCGGUUAACCCCAUUGUGACCCUCUAAAAAGCGUGAUGCAAGAGCAGAGCUGUUGGUUUAUUCAUAAAAACCAACUGUUUUUUGACGUUUUCGUUUUCGCCGUCGUUGUGGUUGCUUAAGCUCCCUCUUAAUUCAACUAAUAAACUUGGGGUCGACGUUGCGCUCAUUUUUUUAACCCCUCUCUCCCUCCGUUUUAAGAGUAUUUCAAGCGAGUUUAAGCUGGACAGAAAUGAGAGGAGUCGAAACAAGGAUGUGACGUCACCGGGGCCGCGCACUAUCAAACUGUGCCACUUGCUCCUUGUUAUACUUUGAUCUCCGGCUGAAGUUCCCUUUUUCUUCUUCUUUUUCUAGCUCGUCUUAGUGGGCAUCGUUUUCCAAGCAAGGAAGAGGAGGAUGCCGCACUGAUAUAUCAAUACAACCCGGUUUAUUGCGAUCCAGAGAAAACCCACUUCGAACAGUGCUACAUUUUCAAGUAG